CUUGAGCCACGCCUCCGGCAGUACAUGUGCAAAGUAGACAUCUUCCAUGACGCCGAUAUCCAAUCCACAGGGUUCCGAUUCGGAGGCCUCAAAGAAAACAUUUAGAACCCCGGCGAGGCUCGCCAGGGCGUUGUCCAUCCGCCUAAAGAGAGGCCUGUAGGCAUCGAGGCUGUACAUGAAAUAGGAAUGUUCCGAAUCCCCAUGGAUACUAGGGAGUGAUGAGAGCUCGAAGUUUAGUGUCAUUGCCCGCAGGGGUGCGAGUCGCCACUGGCAAGGUCCGGGUCUGAGAGCCUCGAGGAGGCAUGUCGUAGUCUGCAGCAUGCCCUCGGUCCGUCCCGGCCUGCGGUCAGAUAGGGAGACAUUUAUAGCCAGCGACUCGAGGUUGGGACACCAGGCGAGGAUGCAGUCCUGCAAUACACGUUCUACAGAUGAUCCUGACAAGAGCGAAGAGUGGGACAAAGUCAUCGCCCCUAGGCCCAGGUGCGUCAACUGGCCGCCAGAGGUGUGGAGCAGCUUCCGUAGCAAAGCCACCGUCUGUGCGUCGACUGUGUCUCCUUCUCCGCUUCCUUCCCAUCCCCGAUGCACCUCCUCUUCCUGCACCGUGGUCCACGAAUCCCCAAUGUCCAGCGAGGUCAGGCAAACGCAAAAGGAAGCCGACAGCGCCUCGACGGUUUCCCGCACGGGCCACGGAUUUCUGAGGAAGAUCGUGCGGAUGUCGAUAGUUG